AUGUCCGGCGCCAGCACUCCCGCCGCUGCGGGGCCCAGCUCUGCCUCGGCCCCUGGGACGCCGGGUGCCGAUUCGGAGCACCAAGCCAUCCAGGCCGUCCUCCAGGCGCUCAACUCCCUCUACACCAACCCGGACAACCAGGCAAAGGCAAGCGCCAACGCCUGGCUCCAGGAGUUCCAGAAGACGCCCGAGGCAUGGCAGACCGCAAAUGCCCUCCUUCUAUCGCACGACCUGCCCGUCGAGCCACGCCUCUUUGCAGCGCAGACCUUCAGGACAAAGAUCACGUUUGACAUGGACCAGGUGCCUCCGCCCGCUCGGGUGCAGCUGCGCGACACCCUCCUCCACGCCCUCACCCUCUAUACCUCCGGCCCGCGUGUCAUUCAGACGCAAAUAUCCCUCUCGCUCUCCGCCCUGGCCCUUCAAAUGCCCGAGUCGGACUGGCCAAAGGUGGUCCCCUCGAUGAUUGAAAAGUUCGGGGGCAGCGCCGAGACGGUGGGCACGCUGCUCGAGUUCCUCACGGUGCUGCCGGAGGAGGUCAUGUCCAACCAUCGGAUCGCAAUCGAAGAGGAGCAAUACUAUACUCGGAUGCCGACUCUGCUCUCUGAGCCGGCGCCAGAGGUCCUCAAGACGCUCUCGAUGUACAUCCAGGCUCCUGGAAUCACGCCUCAGAUCCAGACCAGCGUCUUCCAAUGCCUCCGCAGCUGGCUCAAGUCGGGCGAGAUUGCCGCGAGGCAGAUGGUCGAGACGCCCCUCUUCCAGCUGUCGUUCGAUGCGCUCGCCUCCGACGCCCUCUUCGACGUGGCCGUCGACGUCCUGUGCGACCUGAUCCACGAGACGCAGGAGGUCGAGGAGAACAUGGACAUAGUCCAGCUCAUCCUGCCGCGGGUCGUGCCCCUUCACGCCGAGCUCGCCAAGGCUGGCGACGACGAGGACAAGGUGCGAGGCCUCUGCCGCCUCUUUGUCCAGGUGGGCGAGUCGUACUACCGGCUCGUGCUGCGGCACAAGGACGAGUUCUAUCCCAUCGUCCAGGCCAUCGCCGACUGCGCCUCGUACCACGACCUCGACAUCGUCCAGAUCACCUUCCGCUUCUGGUACCUCCUGGCGGGACCGCUGGCGCAGGCGCGGGACGAUCUCAGCGUCCAGCCGUUCAUGCAGAUCUACGAGCGGGUGCUCGAGAUCAUCGUGCGCCACCUCCGCUUCCCCGACGACCCGGAUGCGCUGACGGGCCAGGAGCGCGACGACUUCCGCAGCUUCCGGCACUACAUGGGCGACACGCUCAAGGACUGCUGCCAGGUGCUCGGGUCGCGGCAGUGCCUGGCGCGGGCGCUCGCCAUGAUCCAGGCGACGCUGGCCGGCAGCACGCCCGAUACGCUCAAGUGGCAGGACGUCGAGGCACCGCUCUUCUCGAUGCGGGCCAUGGGCGCCGAGGCCGACCCGCGCGACGACGAGAUCAUCCCCAAGAUCAUCGACAUCAUCCCCACGCUGCCGGACCACCCCAAGCUGCGGUACGCGGCGCUGCUGGUGCUGUCGCGGUACACCGAGUGGAUCGACAUGCACCCGGACCGGAUCCCGGAGCAGCUCAGCUACAUCAGCGCCGGACUCGACCACAGCACGUCCGAGGUGUCGGCGGCGGCGGCGCAGGCCAUGAACUACCUCUGCCAGGACUGCCACCGCCACCUAGUGCCGUUCCUGCCGCAGCUGUACGACUUUUUCAAGUCGAUCAACGACAAGCUCGGCCCCGACGACCUGAUGGCCGUGUCCGAGGGCGUGGCCCACGUCAUUGCCGGCAUGCCGCCCAAAGACGCGGCCGAGCCGCUGAUGCACUUUUCCCAGCCGCUGCUCGAGACGGUGGCCCAGGUGGGCGCGAUGCCGCGCGCCGACAAGGACGACCUGCGCAGGGCGGCGGACCGGAUGGAGCAGCUGGAAAAGUUCCUCAUGGUCGUGGGCGCCGGCUUCUGGAAGCACCUCCCCGAGACGUGCGCGACGACGUGCCGCGAGGCCUACGGCGUCAUCGACACGGUCCUCGCCCAGCAUGGCGACGCCUACUUCAUCUCGGAGCGGGCGUGCGCACUGAUGCGCAGGGGCCUCAGCUUCUUCGGAGAGCUCGCAGUGCCGGCGCUGCCCGCCCUCCUCGACCGGCUGGCGGGCUGCUUUGAGAAGGCCGGCUUCCCCGCCUACGUGUGGAUCGUCGGCAAGUGCAUCGACCAGUACGGCCGAGGCGCCGACCUCGCGCUCCGGGGCGCGCUGCAGGGCGCCUUUGACCGCAUCAGCGCCAAGACGAUGGCGAUGCUCGAGGAGUCGAUGCCCGCGGACCAGUCCGACGUCAUCGAGGACUACCUGCACGCCUGCGUCGCAACGGCGGGCAACGUCCCUUCGCUCAUGUACCUCUCGCCCGUCUUCCCGCACGCGUUCCGCACGGCGCUGUCGGCGCUGACGCUCUACAAGCCCGAGAUUGUCGAUGUGGCUCUCGACUUUAUCCGCGAGGUGGUGGGGCACGACUCGCUGUCGCUGCCGCCCUCGGCCAGCCAGCCGGGCACGCCGCUUCCGGCGCAGAUUAUCUCGUCGGACCCGCGGCAGGGGCCGUCGAUGGAGGAGAUGACGGCGUUUGCCGCGGGCAUCCGCCAGGUCGUCGGGCAGCAGGGCUACCAGCUCGUCUCGCUCCUCCUCACGGGCCUCGUCACCCACUUCAGCCCAGACUCGAUGCCCGUCGUCGUGACGGUGCUGCGCGUCCUGUCGGCCGGAUUCCCCAACGAGGUGGCUGCCUGGAUCGCCCCCGCCGUCGAGCAGCUGCCGACCAGCAACGUGCCCACCAACGACAAGGCCCAGUUCGUGGACAAGUUCAUCGGCGCGCUCAACGCUCGCGAUCUGGACCAGGUCAAGCAGGCGCUCAAUGGGCUGUACAACGCCUCUCGAAAGGCGCGCGAGCGCGCCAGGAUGGACCGCAACGGUCCCGCCGCCAUCCUCGACCGCUGA